AUGGCUGAUGAGGAAAUUUCCAAGGCAUUUCGCGAUCUGCAGUUCAAAACGAAUGAGACGAGAAUGCGGAUAGUGCAAGGAGAGCAAAACAAAAAAAUUAAUUAUCAGAAAAUGCGAAUUUCCGAAAGCACGAAAAAAAAUCUCAUUGGUUUGGACGAGAAUCUCAAGUACUAUCGAUCUGUUGGUCGUAUGUUUCUUCUGACUGACAAAACUGCCGAAAUUUCUCGACAUGAAACGGAGGCUAAACAAUCUAAGGACAAAAUUGAAGCAAUUGAAAAACAGAAGGAAUACUUGGAGAAGGGACUGGUCGAGGCAGAGUCGAAUCUUCGUGAACUGAUUCAGAGUAGACGUUGA